AGAGAUAGUUAGGGUUUUAGACUGCAGAAAUCAAGGUGGCGGGGGUUUAAACGUUCCAGUUUCAAUAGCAGAAAAAGCUUCGCCUGCAGCUGCAGCAGCAUCAAUGGGGAAGAAGAGGCAGAGGGAGAGGCACCAGAAUCCGGAGCCGUUCCUCGCUGAAGAAAAUGGCUCCGUCGCCUCCAAGAAGCGGACCAAGUCGAAGCAGCACCAGCAGGAGGAGAAGCUCAUAUCUUCCGGAAUGAGCUCCAAGAUCCUCAAGCAGGCUCUGGCUCAGCAGCGGGAGAUUGAGGACGAGGAGAACCGCGCCCAAAACCCGAACAAUUCGUUGCUGGAUGUAUCGGAAGAGCCGCGGAAGGAGGAGGCCGACGGCGAAGAGGAAGACAUCGAUGAUUUCGGUGGAUUCUCCGAAACGCAGAGCCGUUUUGACGGUUAUGAAGAGGGUGAUGAACAUGGUGAGAAGCUAUUAAAUGAGAUUGAUGAACAUGAUGAGAAGAUAUUGGAGCAAUUCUUGUCAAAGGAUGCCGGUCCGCAGCGUACAUUGGCUGACCUCAUUGUUGCAAGAAUCAAAGAGAAAGAUUCAAAUGUCGGCUCAGAUGCGAGGCCUUUGCCCAAAUUGGAUACCUCUGUCAUCGAUUUGUAUAAGGGGGUUGGUAAGUUUCUUAAUAAGUACACUGCGGGGAAGAUUCCCAAGGCAUUCAAACAUAUCCCUUCAGUGCCACGAUGGGAGGAUGUCCUAUAUUUGACUGAGCCUGAGAAUUGGUCACCAAAUGCAAUGUAUCAGGCUACGAGAAUUUUUGCUUCCAAUUUGGGUAAGGAGAAGGUAGAACGUUUCUACAAGCUUGUGUUGCUCCCAAGGGUGAGAGAAGACAUCCGCAAGCAUAAGCGCUUGCAUUUUGCACUAUAUCAAUCUUUGAAGAAGUCUUUGUACAAGCCUGCUGCCUUUUUUAUAGGAAUACUGUUUCCCUUGUGUGAGUCAGGGACAUGUAAUCUAAGAGAAGCUGUUAUUUUUGGGAGUAUUAUUCAGAAGGUCUCCAUUCCUCCACUUCAUUCUAGUGUUGCAUUAAUGAAGCUUGCAGAAAUGAAGUACUGUGGCACAACGAGUUAUUUUAUAAAGCUUCUUUUGGAUAAAAAGUAUGCCUUGCCAUAUCGCGUACUGGACGCUCUUGUUGCACAUUUUAUGAGAUUUAUGGAGGAAACAAGAGUAAUGCCUGUGAUAUGGCACCAGUCACUUCUUACAUUUGUGCAAAGGUAUAAAAAUGAAUUGCAAAAGGAGGACAAAGAUAAUCUCAGAAAUCUUCUUGAAACGCAAAAACACUAUUUGGUAACCCCUGAAAUAAGAAGGGAACUAGAUAACAGUCGCAAUCGUGGUGAGAAAGAGGACGAUCUCAUGUCAAUUGCUUCUCCAGUUGGUGUGAUCAAUAAACCUUUCGAAGAGGAUUGGUUUGACAUUCCAGAUGUGCCUAUGGAGGACGACUAGUUUAUUGCUCGGCGAACCUUGGUUCUGCUGCAGGCUGUUGUCGGAGUUGGGCGAAAGGAGGAGUUUACCCGCUGUUGUCGGACUUGGGCGUAACAUGUGCCCUGAGAGUUGAAGCAAUUUUGAAGCGGAGGAGUUUACCCACUGGAUAGUUGUUAUACAAGCAAUAUUAGUUUUUUUAAUUUAAAUUUUAAAUUUUAAAUUAUUACACAGCUUCCAGUAAUUAUGUAUCAUCUUUUUAUUCAUGAGUUUCCAUGUACUAGUUGAAAUAUUUGAGUUGAAAAUUGAAGUUGAGUCCCCCAAUUUGAUGGAAA